AGCAGCAGCAUGAGGAGUCGGUACGGGGGCCCAUGGCAGAUUACGGGCCUGGCAGCAGCAAUGGGAGGCCGUACAGGGACCCAUGACACACUCUGGACCUGGCAGCAGCAUGGGGAGGCGGUACAGGGGCCCAUGACAGAUUACGGGCCUGGCAGCAGCAUGAGGAGUCGGCCGUAAUCUGCAGCACCCUAUGACAAAAAAUGGAACCCACCAGCAGUGUGAGGAGCCUGAAAGUGGCACAUGGAAGUGUGGGAUGGGACGCAGAAUUGGGGGUAAGGA